AUCCGAUAUGGUUUGAUGUACGUCUUCCUCUCUCAUACCACGAUGAAGGAUUCGGAAAGUCUCCUCAAGAAUGUUUAUGAUUCACAUGUCCCCUACUAUAAUAUCAUACGCAAUUGGUUUCAAAGCUUCGAGAAGGACGACUUUUCUCUCGAAGACUCUGAGACCCCAUAAAUUGGAUUUGGACACGUUGCAGAAAGCCAUGGCAACGGAUCCUUUCCAAAUAACCCGUGAGCUGUCAACCACACUUGGGUCCCGUCAAACCAACAUUGUACGAAGCUGGGAACCUCUUGGAAUAAAGAAACUUAUGGGUCGAUUCAUACCUCACACCUCAGUGGAUUGGAGAAGGAGAGACACCACAGGAUGCCGCCAAACCCGACCUUCACCCCAAAAAAGGCAUGCUCUCAGUGUGGAGGGGAGUGUAGGGCCCUUUCUACUGGGAACUGCUACCUGAGGGCAAAAUGAUUAGUGGGGACAUCUACGUUAUCUAACCAUGGAACCUGAAGGAAGUCAUCGAUGGUUCACCCCUGAUGGACAAGCAACUCUGUUUUCAGCAAAACAACGCUAGUUCCCACCUCUCGAAACAGGUAUAGUAGGAACAGACCAGCCAUGGAUGGAUGGUUCUCCUUCACGCACCGUAUUCCCCAGACCUCACUCCAUCUGAAUACUAGUCGUUUUCAAAUAUGACCCGUGUCCACGAGCGGAGAAUCUUCAAUACCCAUAAAAGUGCCAAUGUGGCACUCAAGCAUUAUUUCGACUCGCGCCCGGAAGGGUUCUGUUAGCAGGGCAUUAAUAAGUUGCCCACAUGUAGACAGUAUAUUGUUGAUAAUGAUAGCGA